UAUAAGCAGGUAAGCACCAUCUCCUCCUCUUAUAUAGCAAAGCUCUUCUAACCAACCUCUUUUUGAUCACCUUGGGUUCUUCUUUCGCUUGGGAGUGUGUAGUGGGAUAUACUAAGAGAAGCAAAGAUGAGCGUAGAGAUAUUGGAUGGAGCCACCAUUCGUGACUUCGUAGAGGAUGAGAGGGCCUUCAACGGGACGGUCGAGGAGCGGUUUGCCAGCCUCGACACCAACUGUGAUGGCCUGCUUUCAUAUGCAGAGAUGGCGAAGGAGUUGAUGAGUCUUAGAGUACUCGAGACCCACUUCGGCGUGGAUGAGGUGAGGAUGAGCCCUGAUGAGCUCGUCCAGCUCUAUCGUGGCCUCUUUGCUCGGUUCGAUCAUGACGGCAAUGGAACGGUGGAUAUGGAGGAGUUUCGAGCAGAGAUGAAGGAGAUGAUGCUGGCUGUGGCGAACGGGCUCGGGUUCCUGCCGGUCCAGAUGGUGGUGGAGGAGAGGAGCUUCCUCAAGAGGGCUGUGGAGAGGGAGUCGGCAAAGUGAUCUAUUUUAUUUCUUUCAAGCGGUGGCCUUAUAAAGGCUUAUUGAGAUAUUAUUAUAUUGAGUUCGAUUUGCGACUUCCUAAUUAGGAUUUUGAUCGACUGCUAAUGUAAUUGUUUCCUGCAUGAGAUCAGGAACAAUUGAACUUUAAACUCUUGAGGUUUUGUAUUAGAUAUUACAUUCAACUAGUGAAUGAAAAUUAGGUUUGGUAUUGAGGAUUUUUUUUUUUGAAAAAAAAA